CGAUGCAGUAAAAAGUAGUUCCGGUUACUUUACACUUUCCUGAAGGUUUUGUGGAAUCCAUACGCCAUCAGAGACGCACGACUCCCAGAUUCUUCCCUCGGAGAAAGUAGUUCCAUCUCUGAAAGACUUUAACACAUUUACAGCUUCAUUUAUCCACAAAGCCCUUUAACUGAAGACUUCAUCACAGUGUUAGAUUUAAAAUAAACGCUUCAUGACGGAGUUUAAGAGCCGACCUCAGACUUUUAUUCUGAGUGAGUUCGGAGUAAACAGGUUCUCUGUUCUUUUCUUAGGGCAGGAAAACAGGUUUAAUAUGUGUUCUACAGAUACAAUGGUGAGAGAUUAAAGUUUUAAUAUCCUUAAUAAAUACUUUAUUAGGUGCAUGUAGUUGCCUGACAGCUGUGUUGUGAUGGUGAAUGCAGUGAAAAGCUCUGAAUGUGUGUAAUAGUGAGUGUAUUAUGGAUAUUUCCACCUCGGUGCUGUUGUUUGUAUUAAGUGCAGUUCAUGACAAUCACCACAAGGAGGCAGAAAUGUUCAUAUGUUACUCUGAACUGUUGCCUAACUAGCCCGAGUUCACACUUUCACUCCUGAACCCUCUGCAAAUUUCUUUCCUCCUUUUCAUUGUGAAAAGCUGAAGAAGGAAUGCAGUCGAUCCUGAUCUCAGAGGCUGUGAAUCAUUUCUGUCUUCUGGUAAAUUAUACUCUUGCACUGGAGCAUAAUGCUCUUCUGUAGCAGUGUUAUCAGGGAUGUAUGAUGGUCUCCACCUUUGUUGGUUUACUCAUUUCAUAGGAGACGGGCGUUCUCCUGAACAAACCCGUGAAAUCUUUGUUUGUUGCAGGACCAUAAAAUUAUAAAAGCAUCAGUGACAUUGUGCUGGAUUCCUCCUGUUAAUACAUCACCAGCACAAAGGCCACGAGCAGAUAACUCCGAGCUCCAUAUCCUGUAGACACGGAGACACGGUCAUGUGAUCAGUUAUCAGAACCUGAACUUGGGUGGAUCUGAUCUUCACCUGGACACGAUGGAGAAAACGGAGCACACAGGAAGUGCAGAGGAAAAAGUACAAUGAAGAUUGGGACUGAAGAUUUUAUACAAUCAUUUAUGAGGUCAUAAAUCUAAAGAUACAUGACGACGAUUUUACAACGCAGAUUAUGAGCAGUAAAAGGGAAAAAUUGUGUAACUAAAAAUUAAACAAUUCUUGGUCAAUAUUUGUCGGUAUAUAAACCCUCAGAAAAGUGCUUAAUGAUAUUUAUUAUAUUUAUUUAUCACAGUAUUGAUGUCACGUCAUCGUAUCAUCCAGCUCUAAUCUGAAGCUUCAUAACAGUGUGAAUAUUAUCUUUAAAUCACAUGUUUAUUAUUUGAACUCCAUCAUUUGAUAGUUUUCUUUUUUGAGACUCGCUUCUGAACUUCUUUAGAAGUUUGCAUUCCUCUAAGGACAAAAUGAAGCAGAUAUUUUGGAACUUGAAGCAGAGAAUAAACUCACACUUCUCUGACCAUUCGCCUGUAAACAGUGUGUUUUUUGUCUUUCUUUAUUUGGCAUAUCGUGUCAUCACCUCACUAAUCAGAGCAGAAUGUGUAAAUAAAAAAAAAACAAACUCUGAUGUCUCUAGCGCUCUGUAGCGAGUUUCUGGUCUGGUGAGAUUCCUUCAGAUAAAUAAUUGUUGUGUGUGUUUGGAGAAACUACAGCGGAGGAUCUGAUACAGAAGUUCAUGUUUAGAAAAUUAGAGCAGUUGAACUAUGGCCAGAUUUUUUUCAUACGUUUAUCGGCUCUGCUGCAGGAUUUUCUUUCAGAUACUCGGUUCGGCCCGGUUUCAUGUCGGGACCGCGGUCCAUCGGGUCACGACACAUUCCUGUUCCUGACGUCUGCGUUGCAGCUCUGUCGAUAUCACACACUGCCUUCUUCACGACAAAACGUUUUUUUAGGAUUGUUGUCUUGUUUCAGGAUAAAGCUGCAAAUUAAAGGUGCAUUUUUCUCUUUUCCAUUCAAAGAAACAUGCAACCCAUAAAUAUGCAGUUUAACUACAGCAGUGAAAAGACCAACCCUCCCUCCACAACCUGAUUGGCUAAAGCACAUGACUGACAGGCAGAACAUCUCAUAGUCUCCACCCCCUCAGCCAUGUGACUGUGUGUCUCAGCCCCCAGUGUCACCUCCCUCUGAGAUCAAGUCGCCCAGAAGCUCUGUAUCUGUCUGAGUGCAGUGUGUGUGAGUGUGUGAGUUUGUGUGUUAGUUAUAUAAGGCUCUAUAUAAGGAUUUAUUUUGUUAUUUCUGGCUGGAGCGAGGAAAAAGCACGCGCACACACACACACACACGAUGGAGGUUUUUGCGCCGGUGUCAGAGCAGGAGAGCUCUGGCCGGGAGGCUAAGUGUUAGCCAUGAUGCAGCAGGACAUCGCCACAGCCAGCACACUGCAACUGGUGGCCUCAGACAUGACCGACAUCAUGGAGAACCUCGACACACGUGAGCUGGAUAUCGGAGACGGCGAGGAUGUGUUCGAAGGCCCGGGCGCUAACAGUGCAGGAGCUCGUAUCCCGUUCUCUCUUAUCUACAAGACGAUGGGAUUUAAAGAACAGGAUGCUCGAGUCUUCCUCACAUCAUAUCCCAUCACUGCCAAAAUCCUGGAGGUGGAGCGCUUCGCCUGUGCCCAGGACCGCUUCAACCUCACCAACCAGAGGAGUGUGUCCAAGAAACUUCCCGCAGUUUUCAGGAUCGAGAUGAAACACGGGAACUUCACCUGGAUAGUGAAGAGGAAGGAGAAGCACUUCAUGGAGCUGCACAGAGAAUUACGGACCUACAAAACCUUCCUGAAGAUUCCUCUGCCCUCUCGCGCUCACACAGAGCGGAGGCAGACGGUCAGACACACACGUCAGAUGCCCACGUUACCGCGCGGCGGAGGAGACGAACUCGCCCGAGAGGAGCAAGUGUCCAGCCGGAAGCGCCAGCUCGAGGAUUAUUUAAACAAGCUGCUAAAAAUGCCUCUGUACAGAAACUACCACGCCACCAUGGAGUUUAUUGAUGUGAGUCAGCUGUCGUUCAUUCAUGAUUUGGGACCAAAAGGCUUAGAAGGCAUGGUCCAUAAAAGGUCAGGAGGUCACCGGAUUCCCGGACUCAACUGCUGCGGCCACGGUAAAGUCUGUUACCGCUGGUCCAAACGUUGGCUGAUGGUGAAAGAUUCUUUCCUGCUCUACAUGAAGCCUGACUCCGGCGCUAUCUCCUUCGUCCUCCUGGUGGAUAAAGAGUUCUGUGUAAAAAUGGACUCUAAAGACACGGAGACGAAACACGGCGUUCGAGUGGACAGUCUGUGCAGGAACCUGGUUCUGAAGUUCUCCAGUUACCGUCACGCCCGCUGGUGGGGUCAGGCCAUCGACGACUUCGUGCGCAAACACGGCAGCGCCUUCCUCCAGGACCAUCGCUUCGGUUCCUUCGCCAGUGUUCAGGAGAACAUCCCCUCCAAAUGGUAUGUGAACGGUAAAACAUACAUGGAGGAUGUGGCUAAUGCGCUGGAGGAAGCUGAGGAGGAGAUCUUCAUCACAGACUGGUGGUUGAGUCCGGAGAUUUUCCUCAAAAGGCCGGUGGUUGAAGGAAAUCGCUGGCGUCUGGACUGCAUUCUGAAACGCAAAGCUCAAAAAGGAGUUCGGAUAUUUGUUCUGCUCUAUAAGGAAGUCGAACUCGCUCUCGGGAUCAACAGUGAAUACAGCAAGAGGACGCUGCUGCAGCUUCACCCCAACAUCAAGGUGAUGCGACAUCCUGACCAUGUCUCCUCCUCCGUCUAUCUGUGGGCUCAUCAUGAGAAGAUUGUGGUUAUCGACCAAUCAGUGGCCUUCGUGGGCGGGAUUGAUUUGGCGUACGGGCGCUGGGAUGAUCGAGAGCACCGGCUAACAGAUGUGGGGAGCGUUACGAGAACCCUCAACACGUCUGCAGAGAACGUAACAGAAGCGUCUCCCUCCACGGCGUCUCCCUCGAACGGUCCUGCACAGAGUAACGGUAAAAACUCCGGCAGGGAUUCGGAAGAUCAGCCCAAGCUCAAAGGUUACGGGAAAAACAGGAGGAGUCGCUUCAGUAUCAGGAAACACCUGCAGAGACACGGGCUGGCGCACGCCGACAGCGUGAGCAGCGCUGAGAGCUCCGAGGAAAAUGCAGAAUCGACUCAGGACCUGCAGGCCGAUGUCAUCGGUCUGAUGGGGAACACGCGGUUCUGGCACGGCAAAGAUUACUGUAAUUUUGUGCACAAGGACUGGAUCCAGCUGGACAAACCGUUUGAUGAUUUCAUCGACAGACACAUCACUCCCAGAAUGCCGUGGCACGACAUCGCCUCGGUGGUUCAUGGGAGAGCUGCGAGAGACGUCGCGCGGCACUUUAUACAGCGCUGGAAUUUUACCAAGAUCGUGAAGCCGAAGUACCGCUCUCUCUCGUACCCGUACCUCCUCCCCAAAUCCCACACCACUGCCAGCGAGAUCAAGCACCAGCUCCCGGGCUGCGUUCACACGAAAGUUCAGGUGUUACGCUCUGCGUCUGAUUGGUCCGCUGGUAUAAAGUACCACGAGGAGUCCAUCCACAACGCCUACGUCCACGUGAUAGAGAACAGUAAACACUACGUCUACAUCGAGAACCAGUUCUUCAUAAGCUGCGCUGAUAACAAGCUCGUCUUCAAUAAGAUCGGAGACGCCAUCGCUCAGAGGAUCAUCAAAGCCUACAGGGAGGGGAAGAGGUACCGAGUGUAUGUCGUCACUCCUCUCUUACCCGGAUUUGAGGGAGAUAUUAACACCGGAGGAGGAAGCGCCAUCCAGGCCAUCAUGCACUUCAACUACAGAACGAUGGUUAGAGGAGAACAUUCCAUCAUGUCCCAGCUGAAGAAAGAGAUGGGAGAUCAGUGGAUGAACUACAUCUCGUUCGGGGGACUGAGGACUCACGCUGAACUGGAGGGAAAACUGGUGACGGAGUUAAUCUACGUUCACAGCAAAAUGCUCAUCGCAGACGACAACACGGUCAUCAUCGGUUCGGCGAACAUUAAUGACCGCAGUAUGUUGGGAAAGCGGGACAGUGAAGUGGCUGUUAUUUACGAGGACACGGAGACCGAGACGUCUGUUAUGGAUGGACAGGAGUACCAGGCAGGACGUUUCGGACUGCAGCUCCGGCUGGAAUGUUUUAGGACGAUCCUCGGCGCUCACACAGACUCCAGCAUCGACAUCUCAGACCCCAUCAGUGACCAGUUCUACAAGGAGGUGUGGCUGACCACUGCAGCUCGCAAUGCCACCAUCUACCAGAAGGUGUUCCGCUGUUUGCCGUCGAGUGACGUGAGGACGAUCCUGGAGUUGGAAGGAUAUCUGUCCAAGUCCAGUUUGGAUAAAGAGGAUCCUCUGAAAGCUCAGGAGGAACUUAAGAAGAUCCGAGGCUUCCUUGUCCAGUUUCCUCUCUCCUUCCUGAGUGAGCAGAACCUCCUCCCGCCCAUCGGUUCUAAGGAGGCCAUGGUACCCAUGGAGGUGUGGACCUGAGAGACAGAGCAGGUUCCUCGUGCAGAGGGUUUAUCUCAGGAGGGUUCUGAGCCUCUGCCUCGAGUCGUCAUGUGACUCUGUGCUCAUUUGUGUUUUCAGUCUGUGGGAAUAUAUUCGUUCUUGUCUAACACUAUGCAACUGGAACUUAUACGACAACAAACACACAGAGAGGAACGUUUUUAUCUCCUCAUUAUCUUCACACAUUCCACAAAAUACCUUUUCAUUUGUUUCUCGUGUCACACAGCAUGCUUUUUUUUUCGCUCUACAGUUCCGUGGCCUCGGACGCAUUAAAAACAAAGUGCCAAAUGUGAGAAGCUUUAUAUGCAGAACGUUGCUUUGUGUGUAGGCCUUGUACAUCGCCUUAUUUAAAGUAUUUCUCUGUACUGGACAUAAAAGUCUGCCAUAUUUACACAGACACUUUUAUGUGUUUAAUUCCUCUUCCUGAUUUUAUGUGCGCUGAUGAUUUUAAAGCCAUCAGGACUUUCCGAUGAAGUGCCUCUGGAAGUUUCAGAGAAGGAAACGGCAUGUUUGUGGCGUUGUAUCCUAACAAUUAAACAGACAUUCCUGCCUUUAAUUAUUGUUAAUAAUAAUCAGAGUGCAUCUUAAAUAUGGGUGAGUGUAUGUAAUAAUUAAAAAUUAUAAAAAUUAUUAUUAUUAAAAUAUUUAUAGACAUUUUUACUCAUUGUAAGCUUGAAAUUGUCUCAUUCCAGUGGCAGAUCUGUAAUUUUCCGCUUAUUUAUAGAAUGCCAGUGAAAUAAAACAAUUUCAAGGUUAAAAUUAGUAAAAAAAAAAAAAAUCGUAAGCUUUAUAAGAUAUUAUAUAACCUCACCUAGAUUUUUAACCUACUAAUUAAAAUCUGAUUUUAGUGUUCCUGUGACCAAAAAACAUUUUAAAUGAUUAUAUACGCUAACAAAAUCAUUCAGAUGAAUUAAAUUUUAAAUUAAAUCUACAUUAUUACAAUUUUACAAACAGACAUUUUAAAAAAUGCAAAGCAAGAGCACUCUGGAAUAUGGAGUAAUGGAUAUGUGCAAUGAAUGAAAGGACAUGAUGAAUAAUGUGUAUUUUUAUCUCUGUGUAAGACAGCAGGUUGAAUGUUGUAUAGGGAGUGGAUAAUGCAGUCACACCUGAUGACGGCAAAAUGUUGAUUAUUUGAUGUUAUUUUAUGUUUCACAGAUUAUCAGUUGUCAAAAAAAAAACAGCAACAGCCUUUAAUGAGUAAAUACACAUGCAUUAAUUGGAUUAAAACUAUUUUCUUGUGAUUUUA